GUAUCUUUUUUAAUUUGCUAAAUACAAUUUUUGCUUUCACACAAAUAAACCUUGCAUAUUCCUUUCAUUUAUCUUCCUUUUUGAACUGAAUCGUUUAUCGCGAUCCAUGCACUAUCGUUAUAUUUUAAUUUCAUCUUACUAAUUAUUGCUUCGUUACAAUAAUGACAUAUAAACGUAGAAAGUAUCAUCGUGGGGAUACACAUUUAAAAAAAGGCUGGCGAACUAGAAGAAAAACGAAAGAUUUAGAUGAGAUUGAUGAGGAUCUAAAAGAUGAAAACGUACACAAGUUAUUAAAUCAAGAAGUAGAUUUAGAUAAACCUGGUGCAGGUCAAUAUUAUUGUAUUCACUGUGCGAGAUAUUUUAUAAAUGACGUUGCUUUACAAGAUCAUUUUUCAACAAAGGUACAUAAGCGUAGGUUAAAAGCUCUUGAAUUGGAACCCUACACUAUUGAAGAAUCAGAGAGAGCUGCAGGAAAAGGAAGUUAUGUUGCACCUCAAAAACGAAAAAUUGAAACUUUAACUCGUGAUAGUUUUAAUAUGGACACUGCAUCAGAAUUACCACCAAAUGCUAAAGUGGCAAAAACAGAUCCAUAAAAAUUAAUUUGAAUUAAAGUUAUGUUUGAAUUCUGUUAACUUGUUCAAGAUUAUAUAAGAAUACUUUGAAUUUUCUAGAGGAAUACUAU